GCUCAUUGGUCCGUUUCAGAAUGAAGGUGGAAAUCUUGUUGUAGCUUGACCCACGUCUCACGGGGGACGUCAAUACGACUGUACCUCAACCAAAACCUCCUUCUGUGAAACCACAACAGACCAUGGUACCCUGGACAGCAAACAAGCGUUGACAUGGCGAAACUGAAGGAAGUAGACCGCUGAUCUCAGGUUGCCAGCAAAGGAGGAAACAGCUUCAUCUGAGAAACUGUUCCAAGGAUCAUUCUGUCUUCAUUAGCCUAAUCGCUUGCGCACAUACCGUCCAGGACCGAGCGAGAGAAGAGGAAGGGAGGAAAGAGAGGAGAGCCUUCCAGUCCUGUUGGCUGUAAAUCCUUUUUUCUCCUCAGUGAAUCAGCCUGCUGACCUCAAGCUACCUGUGCGGCGACACAGUAACAAGUGUCUCGCGCGUGGACUAAUGUUAUUGACAGGUGCUCAUGCGAGCUCGUGACAUGCUGUGGCCUGGCAGCAGACCUACGCCAACAGGUGUAAUAAGAAGCGCAGAGUCACUGAAGUGUGACGCAUCCCAAAACUGCUUCCAUUUUUCUUGCUCUUGUAACUGCCGUCCUCAUUGCGGAGUCAAGAGGAGCCCUUUUCUGUUUGGAAUGCGGAUCCUGAGGAAUGAAUGAUUCCGGCUGUCAGCCCUGAGGUGAGAUAAGUUAAGAGUGUGUGGACUCGGAGAGAAAUGUCCUCGUCCUGGAGGAACCUGUUCCAGUGGAACGCUGUGCUGUUCCCAAGGCCACAGCUACUCCUGCUGCUGAUGCUGAUCAGCCUCUGCGGCCUCAUGCCUACCUCAGCGGGGAUGUGUCGGGUGACGGGGGGUGUGUUGGGCAUCCACUGGAGCAGUGUGGUCGGCCUGGGCUGGCGGCCCCUGGCCGUGGGGCGAGGUGGGCCACAGUGCUGGGAGUCCUGCUGCCUGGAGCCGGCCUGCGGCGCGGUGUGGACCCUGGGGGGCCGCUGCGUGCUGCUGAGCUGCUCCCGGCCAGGCGGAUGCUCCAUCACCUCCCUGCCCCAGCCCCACGUGGAGUCCCUAGGCCUGCUGCAGCAGCUCAGCAAGAGCACCGCGCACAGGCAGCGGAGACCGCGGCGUGCUACAUCCAGCCACAGGGGCACGCACAAGCACGUCUCUAGUGCUCAGGCUACUACUUCCCUGGUUCCGAUCACUUCAGCCAGUGGUGUGGCCCUCCCACAGACAGCCAAUAAGAGUCUGGAGCAGCCCGUCAAUGGGAGUGAAGUCUCUGUGCCACCGCCUCCCAUUCAGCCAAACUCGUCUUCCGCUGAAGGAACCACAGAAGUGGUCCCAUCCAGUAGCAAUGCAAGCGUGCCAAGCCCCGCCCCCAAACUCCAGCCCACGCCAUCACCCACUCAGGCUGUGCGGGAGCUGGUGGUGUCCGCUGGGAACAGCGUGGAAGUCAUGCUGCCGCGGAGCGAGGUGGAGCUCAAUGCCUUCGUGGUGCCGGCCCCUCCCCCAGGCACAAGCUACACAUUUGACUGGCGCUUGAAGACACACCCCAAAGACUACAGUGGAGAGAUGGAGGGCAAACGCAGCAAAACCCUCAAGCUCAGCAAGCUGACAGUGGGGCAUUAUGAGUUCGAGGUCAUUGUUGAUGGCGAAGGAGCUCAUGGGGAAGGUUACGUCAACGUCAGCGUCAAGCCAGAGCCCCGUGUCAACAAACCGCCGGUUGCUGUGGUUUCCCCAAAGUUCCAGGAGAUCUCCUUGCCUACCAGCUCCACAGUGAUAGACGCCAGCCAGAGUACAGAUGAUGAGCGCAUCGUGAAGUGGCACUGGGAGGAGGUCAAGGGCCCCCUCAGGGAGGAGAAGGUCUCUGCGGACACAGACAUCCUCACCCUCACCAACCUGGUCCCAGGGAAUUACACCUUCAGUCUGACUGUGACAGACUCUGAUGGUGCUCAGAGCUCCACCCAGGCCUCGUUGCUGGUGCAUAAGGCCAUGGACUACCAGCCAGUGGCCAAUGCUGGCCCCAACCAGGUCAUCACCCUGCCCCGCAACUCCGUCACGCUCUACGGCAACCAGAGCAAAGACGACCACGAACCUCUGGCUUAUGAGUGGUCUCUCAGUCCCAACAGCAAGGGCAAGGUGGUGGAGAUGCAGGGUGUGCGUACCCCCAUCCUUCAGCUGUCCGCCCUGCAGGAGGGAGACUACACCUUCAAGCUCACUGUGACUGACUCAGCCGGACAGCAGGACACGGCUGAGGUCACAGUCAUAGUCCAGCCAGAGAAUAAUAAGCCCCCCGAGGCCAACGCUGGCCCAGAGAAAGAGCUGACCCUCCCAGUGGACCGCACAACACUGGAUGGCAGCAAGAGCAAAGAUGACCAGAAGAUUGCCACCUACCACUGGAGACAGACAAAAGGCCCAGACGGAGUGAAAAUUGAGAAUGCAGACAGUGCAGUUGCCACGGUGACGGGUCUACAAGUGGGUGUCUAUGAGUUCACCCUGACUGUCACGGAUGAGAGGAACGAGAAGAGUUCCGACAUCGUCAAUGUCAUCGUCCGGGAAGAGAUGGACCAGCCUCCAGUAGCAAAAGUUCUGUCCAGUGCCACCAUCACCCUCCCGGUCCGGACCGCAGUGCUGGAUGGGUCCCGGUCCACUGAUGAUAAAGGCGGCAUCACUUACCUGUGGACCCGAGACGAAAGCAGCCCAGCAGCCGGGGAUGUGCUGAAUAACUCCGACCACCAGGCAGUGCUGUUGCUAGGGAACCUGGUGGAGGGGAAGUACGCCUUCACCUUGACCGUGACGGACAGCAAGGGACAGAUCAGCGUGGACCAUGGCAGCGUGGAGGUCAAGCCAGAUGUGUGGGAGCAUGACCUGGUGGAGCUGCUGCUGGAGGUGAGUGUGUCUCAGGUGACCCACCGCCAGCGAGACAUGCUCCUGCGACAGGUGGGGGUGCUACUGGGCGUGCUCGACAGUGACAUCAUCGUCAGGCAGAUCAGCGCCUUCAAUGAGCUCAGCACACGUUUGGUGUUUCUGGUGUCUGGGGGUCCAGGCCGCCCACCCCUCUCUGGGCACAGCGUUGCCACGGGUUUGCGGAACAAACUCCGCAAGCAGAAGAACGACUUCCUGAUCUUCAAAGCCCGCCGGGUGGACACUGUCAUCUGCCAGCUGAACUGCUCGAACCAUGGCGAGUGUGAUUCGUUUACACGGAGGUGUGUGUGCCACCCUUUCUGGAUGGAGAACUUCAUCCGCACACAGCUUGGCGAUGCCGAGAGUAACUGUGAAUGGAGUGUGCUAUAUGUGACUAUAGCAACAUUCAUGAUUGUAGUUGCCAUAGCAACACUGGUUUGGGGCAUCGUAUGUUGUUGCCGCAGGCGUAAAAGCAGAGUGCGGAGAAAGAGUCGCUAUAAGAUGCUGGAGGGCGAUGAACAGGACGCCUUAGAACUACAUGCUCCCAGAGCUGGUAAACACACACCCAGAACUGCUCGGGUAAAGGCGGUCCCUCCCCCCUCCUCUUCAGCGCUCAUGCGAUCCGACUCCGAGCUUGACAGCGACGACGCUCAGGGGGGGACGCCCUGGCUGGAGCGAGACCGAGAGAGGGGCCAACUGCUGCGGCCCCAGAACGGAACCCUGAGAAACGGCCUGGGCCCCACCAGAGCCAAGAAGUCGCAGAGGGAGGAGCUUCUUUAGCAUCGGCUGCCAUAGCCACACAUGCUGCCCCCCUCCCCACCCCCUCCAGGGCACCCCUACAGCUAACUGUGAAGGAGGGGGUGGACUUUAGUUGUGGUCCUGCUGUCCCCCCACCCCCUAAACAUUGAGCUGCACCCCCCCACCCACCCCAGUCCCCACACUGAGCCAGGGGGAGGUCCUAUAUACCCCAAGUCUGGGAAGUCCUGCUCUGCACCCUGUAAACACAGAAUGCAGAAUGAGGGGUGCAAAGAGAAGGAAGAAGCUAGAAGUAGUGCAUACCACGCACACACAUGCGCACACACACACACACACACACACACACACACACACACACACACACACCCAUACAAUUCCCCCUACACACAUACCUCAAGCAUGCACACACACGUUUACUUCCACAUAACUGGGUGUCACUUCAGACAUAGUUCACUGAAACUCCCCCAAACACACACACACACACACACCAACUCUUCCUUGAAGCCAGUGGCAAUAGUGUUGACACAGACCCUUGUCUUAAAAAACUAACCACCAACAAUGUUUGUGCAUGAGAUUGUAAGAUUGUUUUUAAUGCAUUUAAGUUUAGCGGAAAUGUCUGCAUGUGGUUAUAUACUGUGUGUGUUCUGCGGUGUCUGACAGAUUAUAUCUGUAUGGCCUUGUGGCAUUAUGUCCCGUUUGGAAUUGGUCAGCUCUGUGCCACUCUGAUCACCAGCAAAAUAUGUUGGCCACCAGUAAUGACCACCCUGGUUAGAGACCCAAUCAGAGAAUAGGGGGAAAUGCUGUUAGUCUGGAAAGCCAUCUCAACACUGGACACUCGUUUAAUGACACUGGACUAUCACUGCCCACCUCCUGACCACAGUCUGUUCGAAAAUGACGACGUGCAGACACAAAGGUCAAAGGGCACAACUCACUACAGACAUCCUGACUGAGAGGUCAGCCUGGAUGACCACUGCUCCUCCCCCCUCAGCCUCACUGUUUUAAGCUUGGACGACCACUGCUCAUCUCGGUUUAACUCGUUCAGUUUUACCCAAUCAAAUCACAUCUGAUGCACUUUGUCCUAUGUAGGUGUUUCUGUUAGGAAUCUGUGUCAGGAACCCUCACACCAGAACUGGAAUAGAAAGGAGAACCCUUAAGGGAAUUGUUCUGUGUUUGUUCUGUCUGUUCUGCCUCUAUGCCAAUGGCUCUCUAACACUGCAGUACUGAUACCCCUAUCUGAUAGGGAGCUGAGAUUUGGACCUGUGGUCCUGCCCUUAGUGGGGUGGACUGGGAGAAGUGACAGAGAGGGAUUCGUGAAGGGAUUCAUUUGUGAAUGUAAAGAGCUGUGGCGACUUCCCUGGCUACUUUGCAGAGGGGAUUAUGGCCAUCGGGCGACUGUGAACGCUGACAGACUUGAGCUACAAUAUGAAGGGAUUCCAUUUGGAUUUUAUCGUUUGUUUUCGCAUAAUUUUUUUCUUAAGUGAAGGAUUUUCACUGUCAUGUGAUGAUAAAACUGGAUACUGUAAAUUAAAAUCAACUAAAGUUGUA